UGAAAACCAACGGGCGGGAAAAAUGCACUUUCAAACGUCUCCUUUUUAUUUUUUAUUUUUCUAAUUUCUCAUUUUCAAAAAAGUCCCUCUCUCUCUCUCUCUCUGUGCAAUCGAUUCUCAUCCAUCGCUACUGUCGACUUAUAGUUCACCAACUCAGAAAUUCUGUCCUUAAAAAGAAAAGAAAAUCAUCUGCAGAUUCAGAAUAUGGGUGUUGAAAACUACCAUGUAAUUGAGCUUGUGGGUGAAGGUUCUUUUGGGAAGGUAUACAAGGGAAGGCGGAAGUACACGGGCCAGACUGUUGCAAUGAAAUUUAUCCUUAAGCACGGUAAAAGUGAGAAGGACAUUCAUAACUUAAGACAGGAAAUUGAGAUUCUGAGAAAGUUGAAGCAUGAAAAUAUAAUUGAAAUGCUGGACUCUUUUGAAAGCCAGCAAGAGUUUUGUGUUGUCACUGAAUUUGCUCAAGGUGAACUAUUUGAGAUUCUUGAGGACGACAAGUGCUUGCCUGAAGAACAAGUUCAAGCUAUAGCAAAGCAGUUGGUGAGAGCAUUGCAUUAUUUACACUCCAACCGAAUAAUCCAUCGUGACAUGAAGCCACAAAAUAUUCUAAUUGGUGCAGGCUCUAUCGUAAAGCUUUGUGAUUUUGGCUUUGCACGUGCUAUGUCCACGAAUACUGUUGUUCUUAGAUCCAUAAAAGGGACUCCUUUAUACAUGGCUCCAGAGUUGGUACGGGAACAACCUUACAAUCACACUGCUGAUUUAUGGUCUCUUGGAGUCAUUUUGUAUGAACUAUUUGUUGGCCAACCUCCAUUUUAUACAAAUUCUGUUUAUGCACUCAUCCGGCACAUCAUUAAGGAUCCAGUGAAAUAUCCCGACAAUAUGAGUUUGAAUUUCAAAAGCUUCCUAAGAGGUUUGCUUAAUAAGGAACCACAUAAUAGACUGACUUGGCCUGCUCUACUGGUACACCCAUUUGUUAAAGAAACUUCAGAAGAACUGGAACCCAGGGAGAUUUGUGCUACGACUGCUGCAGCUAGGGGAUGUAAUGCAGCUUGGAGGGGUGAAGGAAACAUUUAUUUGCCAGUUGGAUUGGCUGGUGCAAGUCCUGAUAGUAAAAAUCAAUCUCCUGUUGCUAUGGAAAACGGUAGUGUUCGAAGCCAUCGGAGUGAUGCCCAAUCAAAUAGUCCUAACAUAAUGAUGGAUAAUUCUUCACCGAGGGAGGAGUUCCCUGGAUUUACGGUUCCCACUGAUGCUGAGCAGUCAGGUUGCCAGGCCUUGGAUAGGUUGGAAAACAAUUCUCGCACAGUCAAGGGUGCUAAAUUAAUUGGUCUAGACAAUGAAGCAUUAUCUGUUAUUUUGCUACCUUUAAAGAACUGGUGCAAAGGAGAGCAAAAUUCUUGCAGGGAUCAAGAUAUUCUUAGUUCAAACCAGUCACUGAGAAUCCUUUUGAACUUAGUUGCAGCUGGAGCUCUCAAUUCUUCUGGAGUACUAGAUGAAAUAAUACAUGAACUGCUUGGGUUUACUGCUAACAUACUGAAUCUAAAAUCCCCUGAUGUUAAUGAUAUAAUUGCAAAGAGCUUCUCAAUCAUAAAAAAGCUAGUUGAUAAUUCUGGGGUUGUGAUUGGCAGUUCAUAUCUUACACAUUGGGUUGCUUCUGUACAAUUGUAUUCACAGGUUGUUGGUUGCACUAAUGAUGCAUCUGGAAAAGUUCUAAAUGAGUCCACUGCAUGCAUUGCCGUCGUGUUAUCUAGAGUAGCUCAGGGUCUAAAAGCAUCUAGAGCGACGUUGGCUACUGAGGUGGAUUCUGCUCCUCCUACAAUGGUUAAUAUUCUUAAACUGGUUUUGGACCAUGCUAAAGUAUCAGGUGUAGCAGAUCUUUUAUGUCUGUGCUUAGCAACUUCAGGCUCAAGUCUCAUAUUGGGCUCUACACAUUUGUUGCGUGCUGCUUGUGAAGCUUGUAGGGCUAUCUGGUCACUGAUAAAUGCAUUUGAAAUUCUUUCUGUAAAAGAAAAUGCUUAUUUAUUCCCACUAAAUGCUUUGAGAAGCCGUUCAUUACUCCGACUUGACAUUAGGGAACAUGACCAAGGUUCAUUGGUCGGAACAGAGUCAUCAAAAAUUGUUGAUGCAGUGACAAAAGCAUUUCUCAGGUCCAAAGCCACGCAGGUUGCUAUUUACUACUGUCUUCGUCAACGUCUUGAGGCUGCCCUGUCAGCUGCUAUCCAGAUUAUGUUGAGGUGUUGCCUGCACAGUGGAAUUGUUUCAAGCGUUCUCUGUGGACUAUCAAAUUCUCAACCCACAGUUGUCAAUGGUGGAGGGGAUGGUACAAUUAUUUCAGAGAUUUUCACCAUAUUAGCUUUGUGUGCUUCAUCUUCAAAUAAGGAUCCCCAAACAGAAGCUGGCAAUGUCAAAUGCAAAAUAGCCAAUCCACGUGUCCUAGUUUUGAACUCAUGUCUUAUCCUUGCCACCGUUGCACAGUGUUUGAAGACAACUGGAAGGAAUUCUGCACUUUUUAUGCUUACAACAUCUUCAAAAAAGCAGCUUUCUCGACAUUCUGUUCUUGCCCAUCAUUUUUCUUCUGAUGAUAGGACGAAGACUUCUUUUCAGCUUCAUUGUGCAUCUGCUAUGCUGGCUUUUGCAUCUAUUCUAUCCCUCGAAAGUGGAGUUCCGUGUGAGUCUUCCAUAUCUGAAAUAGCUGUGCCUUUGAUCCCGCGAACUGCCACACUUUGUGACUACCUUAAGAUUCCACCAGUUGGUGAAAAUGGAGAGCCUUCUAUGCAGAAUGGUAUGCUCUCUCACUGGCAUGGUCUUAGGGAUGGGUGUGUUGGCUUAUUGGAAUCUAGACUGAAGUGGGGAGGAGCAUUAGCUGUUCAACAGUUGUGUGCAAGUGGUAUCCCUCAGCUUCUGAUUGAUUUGUUGGGUAAGAGUCAUUCAGAUGCUUCUUCCCAAGGAAUUGACUAUACAAACGAUCAUGUUGGUCUAUCACCGGUUGGGGUUUUGUGGGCGGUUUCUUCAAUAUGUCAAUGUCUUUCAGGUGGAGUGUCAACUUUUCGUCAGAUUUUGGUUAGGAGUGAGCACAUCAGGUUCAUCACUGAUUUGAUAUCUGAUGCACAUCUCAAGCUUGUAAGAUGUUGGAGUGGACCUGGUGGGGGGAAGGAUGGGAUCAGAGAUAUAAUAAAUGCCGUGGUUGAUCUCCUAGCAUUUCCUUUUGUUGCAGUACAGAAUGCCCCAGGCUUGCCAUCUGCCACUGCUUCAGUGAAUAGUGGGUUCCUUCUGAACAUGGGUUCACCUGGUGGGAAAGUUUGCAUGGAUGACAAGGACAUGGUAAAAGCAAUUGAGACAAACAUGGCAAAAUAUAUACAGAUCCUUCAGGAGGUAGGAGUCCCUGCCAUUAUUCUUCGGUGCUUGGAACAUAUGGAGUUAAAAGAUGUUGCAAGACCUGUUGCAUUUCUUGCUAAAAUGAUAAGCCAUCGGCCUCUUGCAGUACAACUUUUGGGCAAAGGUUUGUUGGAUCCUGGCAGAGUGAGAAGGUUGCUUGGUGGUUCAUGUCCAAGAGAGGUUAUGAUGGAUGUUCUAAUGAUAGUCUCAGAUCUGGCUCGUAUGGAUAAGGUUUUCUAUGAAUACAUAAAUGGGGCUGAUAUGUUGGAGUUCUUGAAGGCCUUUCUUACACAUGAAGAUCCCAAUGUACGCGCAAAGACAUGUAGUGCUAUAGGCAACAUGUGUCGGCAUAGUUCCUAUUUCUAUAGUUCAUUGGCAAAGCGUGAUAUUGUUAGUCUCCUUAUUGAUCGAUGUGCUGAUUCAGAUAAACGUACAAGGAAAUUUGCUUGCUUUGCUAUUGGCAAUGCUGCCUACCACAAUGACCUGUUGUAUGAAGAGCUGAGGAGAUCUAUUCCUCAACUUGCAAAUUUGCUUCUCUCGGCUGAGGAGGACAAAACUAAAGCAAAUGCAGCAGGUGCUCUAAGUAAUCUGGUUCGCAAUUCCAACAAGCUUUGUGAAGAUAUUGUUUCUAAAGGAGCCAUGCAGGCAUUAUUGAAGUUGGUAGCAGAUUGUUCAGUGGUGGCUUUGAACCCAACUAGGAAGGAUGCUAUAAACGAGUCACCUUUAAAGAUAGCUCUUUUUUCAUUGGCGAAGAUGUGUGCGCACCCACCGUGCAGAGAAUUUCUCCGCUCAUCAGACCUAUUUCCAGUGAUUGGAAGGCUGCGACAAUCCCCCGAGUCGACCAUUGCUAAUUAUGCUUCUGUCAUAGUGAGCAAAACUUCUGACGCCUGAAGUUGGUGUCAGAUACAAAUACCAUUUCCUUGAAUUCCACACAAUAUCGAUGAUCGCGGUUCACUUCUGUUGAAGGGCGGAGCAAAAUGACUUUGGUCUUUUGUAAGUUUGAUUGGAUGCAUAAAGUCCAACGUUGUUGGAUAAUUUGUAAAUCUUAGGCGAGUAAAAUCAAGAUUUGUAUAUGGAUCAAUAGUUAAAGAGCACAACAGUUUAUGGCUUCUUAUAACCGGUGUUCAAGACAUCAGAUUCCAAUGUAUUUGAAUUGGUUGGCUAGCACAUUGUAAUUUGAUGUCAGAUAUGCAUUUUAUUAACACCAGUUUUGUCUAUCAUUAUUUCAGUU